GCCGCCGUGCUAAGGGGCGGGACUCCUGGCGGUUUGAAAGUCGCGCGCGCACUUCGGUAGUGACUUUUCCGCUUGCAACUGGGAUGUCGGUGUUGCGGCCUCUGGACAAGCUACCUGGUCUGAACACGGCCACUGUCUUGCUGGUGGGUACGGAGGAUGCUCUUCUGCAGCAACUGGCGGACUCAGUGCUCCAGGGGGACUGCGCCUCCGAGCUGAGGGUCCACUUGGCAAGGACCCUCCCCCUGCCCUCCAGUGUGAAUCGGCCCCGAAUUGACCUGAUCGUGUUUGUGAUUAAUCUUCACAGUAGAUACAGCCUGCAGAGCAUAGAGGAGUCCCUGCACCAUGUCGAUGCCAGCUUCUUCCUGGGGAAGGUGUGCUUCCUUGUCACAGGGGCUGGGCGGGAGAGCCACUGCAGUAUCCACCGGAACACUGUUGUGAAGCUGGCCCAGACCUACCGAAGCCCCCUGCUCUACUGUGACCUGGAGGUGGAAGGCUUCCGCGCCACCAUGGCACAGCGGCUGCUGCGCAUGCUGCAGAUCUGUGCCGGCCACGUGCCCGGUGCCUCGGCCUUGAGCCUGGUGUCCCUGCUGAGGAGCUCCGAGAGCCCCUGCCUGGAGGACCCAUGAGGGCUGCCAGCCCCGGGGCCGCUCCUCCCCGCGGCUUAGCACCAGCUGCGCGCAGGCUCACUGUCGGUGACGACCCCAGCUCUGGACUCAGACCUUGGGUCAGCGCCAGCGUUGCAGGCUGUCUGCGCUCUGGGCAGGGGUGGGCUGGAGCCGCUCCCGUGCCUGCCCAUCUGACAUCUGGCAUCCGACGUGGUACUGCUCCACUACGGUUUCACUGAACAGAGGGUCGGGCUAAAACGAGUCAGAGAAUGACCGGCCUCACCCACCGCCCCGACUUGCAGGUGAAGAGACCGACUCGGAGCAGUCGGGUGGAGGUGGGGUAGGCGAACUUGGACAGCACGAGCCCACCUGACUCCACACCUGCCCCUGCCCCUGCCGCCCUGCAGAACCUGGGUGCUGCCUCUUGGAGCCCAUUUCCCUAAUGUAGAUGCAGGCGGCUCUGGUGACCUUGUCACAUUGAGACUGGAAUAAAGCAAUCGGCCGGGUGCCAGGACUGCUCAUCCCCGCGCUCGGUCGUGUGUGCGCGAGA